AUCGUAGAUUUAUUUUUGAUUUUAUUUUUUGCUUUUAGUUUGGGGGUCGUUUCUGGUUCUGUUUUCGCCCCCAUUCUCCUCCUCCUUCUGGUCAGGUAUCGGAAGUAGAUGGAUGUUGGGCGUUAAUGGUAAUAACAACGUCCGUUAUGGGAUAGGAUUGUUGUUGAGUGUAUGGUGUAUGAUGUAUGAGGAUCAUACGAGCUCAGCUGAAUGGUGUCUGCGCCGCCCCCUUUGGGCUUUGGUUUUGGGGGGAAGGUAAUAGUUGGGAGGGCGCAGCACCCAGCGACUAUUGGAGUGGCAAUAUUAGACCUGAGGAGGCAGAGAAGGAGAGAAAGAAAGCUGUUAUAAACAAUCUAUCUGGAACAAUAAGAGCUCCCCAUCCAUGCAUAAAUCUGCAUAGCUGACGAUCAAACCGGGUGCGGGAAGAAGGGAAAAUCAAACCGUAAAUCUGAGAAUAGUUAGUCAAACUACUCCAUAGGUUGGUUCUCUUAGGAUAAAAAAAAAAGGGAUAUUCGCGCCUCAACGCUUCAACUACAAAUCCACAUCACUAGUACAAACCAAGAGUUAUGGGGAGAAGUAACAGAAUCAUACUAAUAAUAUCGGA